AUGCUAAAAUGCGCAAAUGUUGUUAUUGUCGUCGUAUAUUUGCUCGUACUGAGUAUCUGUUGUGCAAAAUUAAAUCAAAAUUAUUGUAACGCAUUUGUAAAUUUUCCAUUAAUUAAUAAUUAUUGGAAUAAAUGUAGAAAGAUAUAUAAAAUUUUUGGAAGGAAGAAAAAAGUAAAAGAGAGUUAUGAUGAAUAUUUCAAGGAACUUGAUAAGAUAUUUAACGAAAGUGACUAUGAUGAAAAAGAAGUGGAAGAAGAGGAAAGAAAAAAAGAAGAAGAAAUGGAUUUAAUAACAGAAAAGGAUUUAUUAGAAAUAAAUUUUUGUAAUUAUGAAAAUGAUCCUAGAAGUGUAGCUAACCUUGUUAAAAAUAAAACUGAAGAAGAAAUAGAAAAAGAGAAAGCUAUUGAAGAGGAAAAAAUAAAACAAAAUGAAAAAAUGACUUUGGAAUAUAGUUAUGACUAUGAUAGAAUUUUAAAAAAGAAAAAAUUCCUUGAAGAAAAAAUAGAUUAUAAAGAUAAAUUUUCGUUAAAAGAGGAUGAAGAGAAAUUAGUCGAACGUAUUGAUAUUAACAGGAUGAAUAACUUUUUGAAUGAUUAUAGAAAUGAUUUCUCUGAUUCCUUUUACAAAGGAAGAAGAGACAAGCAUUUCGGUCGAGAAGAUUUGCAGUCGGAUGAUGAGGAGUCAAAAACUCUUGAAAAAGCUAAGGAUGAGGAAAAAACGGGAAACAUAUUUGAAGAAGUUACCCCAGUUCCUAUCACUGACAAAGGAGCGAAUGAAAAGGAAAACAUUAUAAGGGAAAAACUAGAGAGCAUUCAAUUUUUGAAGAAUAUAAGGAAGGAGUUUCACCUUGAAAGGGAUAAUUUCGUAAGCGACUACGUGCAGCAGAUUGAAACGGAGUUCGCUGACGCUCAGGGGGAUGGUGGAAUUGGAAGUGAAAAUGGAAGUGAUCGUAGAAGUGAUAGUAGAAGUGAUAGUAGAAGUGAUAGUAGAAGUGAUAGUAAUAGUGAGGGAGAAGAUGACUGCGGAAGUGGCUUCCAACGUGACGGACCGAAUGACAAAGAGUUCAUUGCGUAUGUACAGAAACGAAUAAAGAAUUAUGCAACGAGCGAGGAUGUACAUAAACUCAUUAGGAACAAAUUCAUAGACAUGUUUAGCGUGAAUGAUGAAGUAAAAAGAAUAAAUGAGAAAAUUAAAAAAAGUGAAAAGAUUAGUGUAAUUUUGGACUUAUUUAAGGAAAAUAAAAAUAUGAACAUGAUUAAUAUUAUGUAUGCUUUUAUGUAUAUAUACCGACUGCGUAAUUUAAAUGUGAGUGAUUAUAUAUAUGACAGAAGAUUUGCUUAUUUAACUAAUUCUUUUGAAGAGAUUUUAAAGUAUUAUUUAUAUAUGCUUAACGAGAAGAAGUUAAUAAGUAUUGAUAACAAGCCGAGGACAUUAAUUCUUAAUGAUAAAAAUAUAAUUUUUUUAAUAAAAUAUAUGAACCGCUUAAAAGUAUUUUACAUAAAUUUAAAUAUAUACAACAUGCUUUUGUUAAUAUUAUCUAAAUCUUUUCAUUUGUGUUCCAUCGAUUCGUUUGUUAUUUUGUUGGCUUAUCUAAAUGAAUAUACAUAUUUUAGUAAUCAUAUACAUGAAAAAAUUAACAAGUCUAUAUUGGAUCGAUUAUUUAAUUUUUUGGAAGAAAAUUCCGUUGAAUCGUCAAACUUAAGUUUUGGUCAUUUUAAAAUAUUAGUACCAUUGUUAAUAAAAUAUAAAUAUGUACAUAAUAUUGUUUUUAAAAAAUUAUAUCAUUAUUUUGAGAAAGAUAUAAAUAAAAUAGCAGAUUUUAUUAUACGUGAUAGCACAGAGUCAGAUAGCCAAUUUUGUAACACCUUAUUUUAUGAUGCAAAGAAUAAAGAUCAAAAGAAAAAUAAAGAAAAUUAUUUUUCCUAUUUAAAAUAUCAAAACAUUCAAGAAAAAAAAAGAAAUCUACACUUUUUAGCACAAUUUCUGCAUUAUUUAAUGAUAUCUAAAUUUAAUCAAAAUGACAAUAUAGUUAUUCACCUAUUACACAUAUUUAUAAAUAAUUUUAAUCUGUUCCAUGUGGAUGAUUUACUAGCCAUAUUUUACAAUUUCGACUUGUUUAAACAUGCAAAAGUGGAUAUCAUGUUUCGUUGUAAACAAGAAUUAUUGCAUAGAAAAAGUUUACUCCAAGAUUUCCAAAUAAACAAAGUGCUGUCCUUUUUUAUAUUCAACUAUAGAAGGGCCAUGAUCUUGCGCGAUUAUUAUGGUAUCUUUUUUAAAAAUAGGACCUACACCAUACGCAGGGUAGGGAGUGCUGUAAGCACAGGCGGUGUUGAAACGUUGAAAAUAAGGGAAAAAGGAAGGCAAGCAGAAGAACCGGGUGAAGCAGCACAGUUAGAAGUAGGGACAAGGAUGGAAAAAGGGAAGCACAAGGAUGAACAUUCUACAUACAACCACUUGAGCAACAGUAACAGAGGGAACAUUCUACCACCAGAUAUUAACAAUAAGGAACGCAGUGAUGACCGAUGGGAUAACAACACAGAUAAGUAUAAUGAUGACCAUGCCAUUUACAAUGUAAUUCACAGUAACAGUCAUAGUGAAAGUGAAGGGGAUUCUUCCAUUAACAUGAAUAAUGCUCACUCUGUUACAUUAAUGGAAGCAUUGAAAAAGAGGAGAAAUAUAAAAUUAUAUAAACAGAAUUAUAUAUUGAACAAAAGGGCCUUUUCGGAUAGUCAGUUCCUGUAUGAUUUUACACAUGAUAUUCAUAUAUAUGUAAAUUUUCGUAAUGUCCAUUUAUUGAAAUUUAUAUAUAAUUUAUAUUUAUUAAGUUUAUUAUUUUACAAAAAUGUUGAUGUGAUUCGCAUAGUUACUGACCUAGCAUAUGAUUUAGUAGAAACGAAUAUAUUUUCUUUUAUUGAUCAAUACUCCUAUUAUUUAUAUGACGAUAUUUAUAUUAUCAUUAAAUCGUUUAAAUAUAUAUCUUUCUUUGCAAUUGAUUUACCAGAAGUAUGGAGAAAAUUCUUUUUUCUUCUUCACCAUUUUGUUAAUGCAUUAAAUUUAGAAAAUAUUUAUGAUAUUUUUUUUUUUAUUAAUAUUGCAAAAUUGACAAAUUUAAAUUGUGAAAAUUAUGAUGUGCUCAAAUUAUUAACAACACGGAUGAAACAGAUAAUACAAACUCUCUUUAACUGGGAUAUGCAAAAGUUCAAUACCUUUCCGCAUACAUACGUUCUGAACAUUCUUCGAUUAAUAAGGGACCAUACGAAUGAGCACGUGGUAAGCUUUGCUGAUUUUUUCUUCUACUCCAUAUACAGAAAAAUAGAGAUCAUAUCAAAUAGACAACAGGACCAGCCGCAAAAUACCCAGACGAACAACCGAGAAAACGAUGAAAUAAAAAAGGACAACGAAAAAAAGAAAGCUAUAGAACAUCUAACUGUAAAGACGCAGAUAGACAACGACACGAGUAAUGAAAAAUAUCAAAAUUAUAAAAAUAAUAAAUUAGAUAAUAUUUAUAAAAAUGUGAAUAAUUAUAUUUACAACUUUAAGGAUAUUAGAAUAUUCCUUAAAAUUUUUUUAACUCAUUGUAAUGAAAAUAAAGAAAAAUUUAAUUUGCAAAUUAUUGAUUUUAUUUUAUGGAAUAGUGAAAUGUUUUUUUCUCAAAUGGAAAUAAAUAAAUAUUACUAUCAUAACAAUUAUGUCUUUGGUACACAAAUGAAUAAAUACUUGUCUUUCUUGCGUCUUAUUCUUCAAAAAAAAUUGUACAACUCGCUCGUAAUGCGCAGAUUUGUUAACAUAUUCAAAUGCAUAAUACGCAUUCAAGGGGUUUACAUGAGUGGCAGUAGCAAUGGCAGUAACAUUAACAAAAGCUUCUUUUCAAAAUUCACUCACAUAACAGAUAUUAAUGUAUGGAAGUUCAUUCGGAAGUAUUUUCAAUUUACCAUACAAUAG